AUGGGCUCGGGCCUUGCUCGAUCCGUCUGUGAAUAUGUCGACGGCAGUAGAUGUGCUGAUCUAUCGUACAUUAUCCAAGCCGGUCUAACCUUGGUCUAUUAUGCUGCUGCGCACUACUCGGGGGCUAUCCCGGAAGGUCUGCCGACCAAACGUCAAGUCGAUGGUUCCCAGGACUAUGUGCGCCUGUGGGAGACCAUGCUGUCUAGCAGCGGUGAUAUCUCCUACGACAGUCUCGCACCACUUUCAUUCCACUCGGAUGAUGCCACCCUGACUAGGCGCCAGGGAGAGCCUUCCCUUGUCCACCGUCUCCAGGUUGCUGGCUUCACCCUUGACAACUCCCCCAAGCACGAUAUCAUCGCCAACCACAUGACAACGGCGAGACCGUUCUCCAACUGCCCUUUCCAGGAGGGAGUUCUGACGCAAAUGCUUCUCUGGGCUCCAAUCUGCAUAAACGAUUCGAUAAGCCGGGUUUCAAAAUCUCGUUCACUACUAGAGAGAGCGGCUGCUACGUGGGCUGUCUACGCAGAUAACGCCAGCCACAAGAUGAAUGAUUUCAUUGGCUUUGCAGAAACAGAGCAUGCGGCGAACUUCUACUACCGGAUCAUUCCCGAAAUCAGAGGGUUCGGAACUAAUUACGAAACUGUUGAUGUUUGCGGCGGCAUGGCAUCAUACUUGUAA